AUGGCUCCUGGUGUAUUCUUGUUCGAUCUUGCUGGACAAGAAGGCCUGAGUGGCGACAACUCAGGCGACAGAAUUGGUCUGCCAUCGUGGAAGUUUAGGAUCGACGCCGACUUGCUUGACGACUCCACAGCUGGUGGCGGUUGCGGAAUAAGUGGUGGCACCAGCUCAUGUGCUCCCCCGGAUGCUAGGGGUAGAGAGCUGUACAGGAAACAUUCAACAGUUUGUUUCCAAGCUAUAUCAGAGACUUUAAUUCAUGUCUUUUAUUUGCAUCGAAGAAAACUCAUCCGAGGAUGA